UUGCCGUUCUCUCCGUCGUUGGUCGCUGCGUCGUUCGGGUCGUUCCAUUAUUUUUUCUUCGUCCUUUUGAUUGAGAGCGACGCGCAGCAUUUCGCGAAAAGGGUUUUUUUGUCAAGAUCGCAGCAGCGUGCCCCACAAGGCAUCGCUAGUAUAUAUUUCAAAACUAAGAGCAUAGUUUUCUUUGAAAAAUAAAGUCAAAGUGCAAUGGCAGCUACGGAAGCGGCGCCAGUCAAAACCGAACCUCAAAAACCUCCGCAAGAAAAUAGUAACGAGAAUAAUCAACGUAGCGGACCCAAUGGACCGGGUGGCGGUGGUGGACGAGGAGGAGGAGGAGGUGGUGGUGGAGGCGGUGGACGUGGUCGUAAAGGCGGCUCUAGGUUUUCCGGUGGACGCGGAGGUGGCCCGGCUGGAGGUGGCGGAGGACCCGGCAGAAAUGAUAAUCAGAUGCAAAUAAAGAUGAACGAUUCAAUGAUGGAUGGACCUAUGGAUGGUGCGCCUGAGCCUCUCGGAAUGGGAGGUCCUGGCAUCAUGGGUGGUGGACCCGGGAUGAUGGGUCGUGGUGGACCAGGUAUGAUGCGAGGAGGCAGAGGAGGCGGUGGAAUGAGAGGCGGAGAUAGGGGACCAAUGGGUCAAAGGUCGCAAGAUGAUCGUCUAAUGGAGCGAGUCAUGGCUUUACAAGGACCGACCCACGAGUUGCCACCCCAGGAGAUAACGGAGAAGAAGUUUAGUGGUCGUAAUCGUUUGUAUGUUGGUAACUUGACAAGUGACGUGACGGAAGAAGAAAUUCAGACGCUAUUCAGUCAAUAUGGCGAAGUGUCCGAAGUGUUUGUCAAUACUGUAAAGAAUUUCGCUUUUUUGAGAAUGGACUUUCGAGUGAACGCCGAAAAAGCGAAGCACGAAUUGAACGGUACAAUGCGCAAAGGGCGCGCGUUGAAAGUUCGUUUCGCACCGAAUUCGUCCACUAUUAAAGUCAAGAAUCUAACACCUUGGGUCUCCAACGAAUUGUUGGAAAAAGCAUUCAGUGUUUUCGGCGAAAUCGAACGUGCCAUUGUCAUUGUUGACGAUCGAGGAAAAACUACCGGCGAAGGCAUCGUCGAAUAUGGCCGUAAACCAUCUGCCAUGCUUGCUGUACGCAAGUGCACCGAUGGCUGCUACUUCCUUACCGCGUCUCUGAGACCCGUUGUCGUUGAGAUGUUCGAACAACAAGACGACAUCGAUGGUUAUCCUGAUAAAAAUUUGGCCCGCAAAAAACCAGAGUUCUACAAAGCUCGUGAAGUCGGACCGCGCUUUGCUCUCCCUGGUAGCUUUGAGCAUGAGUAUGGCACGAGAUGGAAACAGCUUCACGAGCUUUACAAACAAAAGGAGGAAGCACUCAAACGCGAAAUGGCUAUGGAAGAGGACAAACUUGAAGCUCAAAUGGAAUUCGCCAGAUACGAGCACGAAACCGAACUCCUACGCGAACAACUACGUCAACGAGAAGCCGACCGAGAGCGCCAGAAGCGCGAGUGGGAGAUGAAGGAGCGAGAAGUUGAAGAGCAGCGAUCUCACGACGAAGAAAUGCGGAGACGUCAGCAGGAGGAAAUGGCCAUGCGUAUUCGCCGACAGGAAGAAGAAUUACAUCGCCGUCAGCAAGAAAACAAUCUUUUCAUGCAGGAACAAGCGAUGAGAGGCGGUGGCGGUGGUGGUGGAGUUGGCGGUGGAAAGAAUUACGACAAUGUCAGUAAUAGUGAACGCGAUGGUUAUGGUGCACCCGAUGGAGGAAACAACUUGCCAGUGGAUCCAAAAUCUUUCAUGGAUGCUUACAAUACCAUGGAUCGUAGUGGUAACCGGGGUGGUGGGGGAUAUAACGACGAUCGCGGACAGAUAAUGGAUCUGAUGGAUAUGAGGGUUGAUAUGGGCAACAUGCCAAACAAUCGUGGUAACAACGCCGGAGGAGGAGGCGGAGGCGGUGUGGGUGGUGGCGGCGGAGGUGGUAUCGGUGUUGGUGGAAACGUCGGGGGUGGCGGUGGUGGUCGUUGGCAAGGUGGCAACGACAGAAACCGCCCUGACGAUUUCCCCAACAGUAAGAGAAGACGAUAUUAAACAAAGUAAAUAGCAAUGGAGACGUAAGAAAAUACGAAUGAAACGAAAUUACGACUACGAUUGAUAAUCAUCUCGACUUGGGGGUUAAAAUGAAUGAAUUGCAGUAUGUCUCGAACGUCGAUUAGCAUUCGACAGUUCUACAAUUAAUUGCUUUUUUACAUCCAAAAUUGGGGGGAUUGCUGAUGAACAAAACAGACUAAAUACUUUGUCUCUUCGUGCUCGAUGACACUGUUGAUAGAGGACAGAAAAAUGACACGAAUCGGUUUGAUGCAAAGAGUAUGUCCGUAUUUAUAUAUCCAAGCAUUAUAUAUUUACAUAUAUAUAAUUUGUAUGUUAGUUUACCCUCGCGAAGACGAGAGUGAUCGAUUUUUGGCUUUUCUUUUAACUCCAAAUUUCUCAUUUUCUCCCCAUAUUUCUUCGUUAUUAUUCUCUAUGUGCAGUUACGUGACAACACGUUUACUCAUUUAUUAUAUUAUGAUAAGACUAGAAGAAACGUGGAAAAAUGAAAAUGAGAGGGUUACAAAACAAAAACUAUCUCGAGAUCGCCGCACUCUCCGUCGACGUGACGAUUUUUCCAGGACUUUGAUAAAUCCGCUUAGUCUGUAAGUGACUGUGGAACAAAACUAAAUGAAAAUAAAACAAGAAAACAUCCGGACAUGUAAGUGCAAGUCGUCUCUGACUACCUCUUGUUUGAUCAAACAUAUUUACCACAAAAAAGUAAUCAACUACAUAUGAUUUUAUAUAUAAACAAUUAUAUACAUAGUAUUAUUAAUCGAAGGUGAAAUUUUCGAUCACGAAAUACACGUAGCUAUUAACUCAUAUGUUCGCGAAUAGAGUACGAUUCAAUAUAAUCGUUUGACAUUUAUAAACAAACAUUAUUAUGAUUGGACGUAAAACAAAGAUUUAUUGUGUCGAAAGCUUCGUCUUGUCGAUAUUAAUGAGAAAACAAAGAAGUAAGAGCGAAAUGAAACGAAGCAUAAACUACUAAAUACUUAAAUUCUAGGGUAAUUUUACCAAUGAACAUUCUGUCGGUAGGGAAAAAAGGAAAACGAGGCAUCGCACUCGUUAUUAGCGAAUUAAAGCUUUGUAAAGCAUCUUAAGUUACAGCGACAUGAUUUUAAUAAUAAAAAACGAAUGAAAACGAA